AUGGCUCACUUACAACCAAAAGAGGGAGAAUAUACGUCAACAGUUUAUGGUUUGAUUAAAGAUCAAAGAUAUCAUGAAGCUAUUCAGAUUUUAAGUCAUCAGUUACAAAGCCAUCCGAAGUCUAGACCAGCUUUAUCCUUAUUGGGAUAUUGUUAUUUUCAAAGUCAAGAUUUUGUGAAUGCAUCAGAUUGUUAUGAACAGUUGACUGUGUUGUUCCCUGACAAUGAAGACUAUCAGUUGUAUUUUGCUCAAUCUUUGUAUAAAACUAAUCUUUAUCAAGAGGCUAUGAAGGUAGCCUGUCAGAUAGAUAAUCCUGAAUAUCAAGGAAUGAUAACUAAACUACAAUCAGCUAUAAAAUAUGGUGAAGAAGAUUUACCAGCUGCCAAGAGCUUGGUAGAACAGUGUCCACCUGAUGAUCCUGAUACAGAAAUCAACUUUGCCUGUCUCUUAUUUAAGGAUGGGCGUUAUGAUGAGGCCUGUCAGAAGUUUAUUACAGCUAUACAGAUAUUAGGAUAUCAACCACAUUUAUCAUAUAAUAUAGCACUAUGUCAUUACAUGUUAAAACAGUAUGCCCCAGCUUUAAAACAUAUAGCCGAUAUUAUAGAGAAAGGCAUAAGAGAUCAUCCAGAAUUGAGUGUGGGAAUGACAACUGAAGGUAUUGAUGUCAGAAGUGUAGGAAAUACUUUAACUCUACAUGAAACAGCUUUAAUAGAAGCUUUUAAUCUCAAGGCAGCAAUUGAGUAUCAGCUUAAAAACUAUGAAUCAGCCUGUGAAGCAUUGACUGACAUGCCUCCUAGAGGGGAAGAAGAAUUAGAUGCUGUAACUUUACAUAAUCAAGCUUUGAUGAACAUGGAAGCUAAACCAACUGAAGGUUUCCAAAAACUCCAAUUUCUUCUGCAACAGAACCCUUUCCCACUGGAAACAUUUGGAAAUCUGUUAAUCUUAUAUAUUAAAUAUGAGUAUUAUGAUCUUGCUGCUGAUGUUUUGGCUGAAAAUGCUCACAUGACUUAUAAAUUUUUAUCACCGUACCUGUAUGAUUUUUUGGAAGCUGUGAUAACCAGGCAGACUUCCCCGGAAGAAGCAUAUAGAAGACUGGAUGAAAUGGCAUCAAAACAAACUGAAACUUUGAGAAAAAUUACUAAACAGGUUCAAGAAUCUCGACAGAAUCAUGAUGAUGAAGCAGUCAAAAAAGCCCUUAAUGAUUAUGAUGAGGCUCUUGAAAGAUAUAUACCAGUACUGAUGCAGCAAGCCAAGAUCUAUUGGGAUAUGGAUAAUUAUCUACAAGUAGAAAAGAUAUUCCGUAAAUCAGUAGAGUUCUGUAAUGAACAUGAUGCAUGGAAACUCAAUGUUGCUCAUGUCUUAUUCAUGCAAGAAAAUAAAUAUAAAGAAGCCACAGGGUUUUAUGAACCAAUUGUGAAGAAAAAUUAUGAUAAUUUAUUGAAUGUCAGUGCUAUAGUUUUAGCCAAUCUGUGUGUAUCAUACAUUAUGACCAGUCAGAAUGAAGAGGGCGAAGAAUUAAUGAGAAAGAUAGAGAAAGAAGAAGAACAAUCAGCCUAUGAGGAUCCUGAUAAAAAGGCCUAUCAUUUAUGUAUUGUUAAUCUUGUUAUUGGAACACUUUACUGUGCUAAAGGGAAUUAUGAGUUUGGAAUAUCAAGGGUAAUAAAGAGUUUAGAACCAUAUAACAAGAAGCUAGGAACAGAUACCUGGUUUUAUGCUAAAAGAUGUUUCUUAUCCUUGAUAGAGAACAUGUCUAAACACAUGAUAAUGAUCAGAGAUUCUGUCAUACAGGAAUGUAUUGCUUUUUUAGAAUGCUGCGAAUUGUAUGGAAGAUCGGUAAAAGCUGUAAUUGAGCAGCCAUUAGAAGAAGAACCAAUGCAUCCUGGAAGAAAUACUGUGGCAUUCCAAGCCAGAAUUAUCAAGAGUCUAUUGUUACAAUUGAUUUAA